UUGAAUACUUCGUCGGAAGGGUGACAUCAGUAUCUUUCUCCAACCGAUAUGCCGUUUGCAUACGACUGCUGCCUCGGACUUUCGUCAUGCCGCUAUAACGAGCAUUCAGCAGAUCCAAUUGCAACUUGCUGAUGAAGUCAAAGGUCGCGUUACAGUGACCAUCCGCACACGAGGUGGCGCCACAUCGGAGUCAACGCGAGACCCAAUGAAGUCUUAUCGCUGGCAGAAGUUUAUCGGUGACGAGUUUGCACGAUAGUGACUGCGCUGUGCGAUCGCAACUUUUCAAGAGGACGUCGACGCACGACGAAGACUGGUGGAAGAACUGCCGAAGAAUAAAGAUCGUCUUAAGAUUCGUCAAACUUGGAUGAAAUGCGAGUAUUCAACGACAUUCAGUUGAAUAAAAAAAGCUUCAGUGUUCCUCCUGGUGUGACCCUACGAGAAUGCAGUGUCGUCAUUAUCGGAAGUACGUGCAAAAUAUGCGGUAGAGACUUUAAGUGUGAGAGCGACGUUUCUGUACAUUCACAAUGGCGACACAACGGAACUAUAGGAUCGUUAAUUGACGAUCUACACCACGAUAUUUAUCUCGAAAACAUUGGUCAGAAAUGCGAUAUAUGCGACGUGCAAUUUCAAACUAUCCCGGACUUAAAGAGUCACAAGCGAUUGAUACAUAAGCAUGGUACAAGAUCCAAAUUCAAAAAGAAGGGACGAAGAAAAGAGACAGUACGCGUGAAAUUCAAACUAAACGGAAUGACGACAAUGGAUGUGAAUCUGCAUCGAAAGUAUUUAAAAAUAGAAAAUAAUCUCAAAUACUUCGUCGAUACUGGUACGCAAACUUUGGACUCGCUCGAAAUUCAGAAACAUCAAGAUAACUGCGCAGCGCAUAUCGAUUUGUUUCUCUCGGACCAUGUUGUGGAUAACAAUCAUGUACAACAUAUACCUCAUAAAGCUGCAAAUCGAUAUAUUGUAGGUAAAUUCACGUCUACUAAAGGCGAUGCGAUAGCACGUUCUACCACUGUAGUGGGGAGAAGUCUUUCAGAGAUCUCAAAUACAUCGUAUAGGGACGUAAUUCCUGAUAGCAACGGUUCGUGCGAAGAAUAUAAAAAUCAUAGCGAUUUUAUCUCUCAAGAAAAUACAGCGGACACAUGGAGAAGUUUUCUUAAUAAUUUAGACACUUAUAAUAAGGAAAACUCACAAAGAAACCUAAACGAAUCAAAAAGAAAAAAUGUAUAUUGCCAAGCCGAAUUUUUAUCGAAUGAUAACAAUCCUCUUACCUAUCAGCGAGAGAAGUUCGACAAAACAUCACUAACAUCUAAACAACUCUCGGCCAACGAGAUUCGUUACAAUCCUACAAUCAAACAAUCUAAUAUGGCUGCAAAGGAUAAAAGAAGUGCUGAAUUAACAAACUCUUUAGCAAAUUCUGAGGAAAUAGCUAUCGAGAAUGAAAAAAAUAAAAUCUAUGAAACUGCGACGAAACAUUCGCUUGCUUCCUUAACUCGAAGUUUCUUUAACAAAAAAAAUGAAUCAAUAAAAGGUAAUUCGAACGUUGAUGAUGACAUACAAGAAGUGCUACGAAUAACUAGAAGAAAUGUACAAAGCGAUAUUAAUCACGAAUCGCCUAAUCGUACUGAAAGAGAAAUAUUGGUACAAAAUACUGGUAAUAAACCGCUUAUGUACAGCGUUCCCAUACAGCGGGAAUCGGCUAUUUGCCCAGAAAAAUGCAAUGCUGGAUUUACAACAAAUUUUGAACCAUCUGAUUAUCCAGCAUUUACGACCGUAACCGAAAGUAGUUAUCAGUUUUUGGUAAAUGCGUUCAAUAAAAAACUAGGUAUUUAUCUGGAAGAUAUGCAUCAUUUCGGAAUUAGCUAUUACGAUGAACUAGCGGAAAUUAAUAACAACAACUUAGAAGAUUACGCGAUAUAUGCUCAUCAAGGAUUUUUCAAAUCACGGAUGCAAGCAGAAGAGCCGUAAUACACCAAUGGAUUAAAAGCGAAUGGCAAUGAAGUAGCUGUGUUAAAUUGAGAGUAUGUGGCAAAAACUUAUUGUUGUAUGUUAAAUGUGACACGAUUAUAAAUCAUAAUCUUCUCAAGGCCAAAACAGCGAGUGGGCCAACAUAUUAUUUUUUUCUUUAU